GAGUGUAUUAGUGUUAAAAUCGGAUGAUUUUUAGUGACGUCAAAAGUAAUAAGAAACGCCCAUUUUUUUUUCACGUGUCGUAUAUUUAAUUGCAAGUUUUAAAUCCUUCUAUGUCAGUAGACUAAAUCGGCUAUUGGAGUAGAAAUAAUAAAUAAUAGUCUACUCAAAAAAUAUUUUUGAAAAGUUACAAUCAAGUGAAAAUAUGAAUUCCGGUGUAAUAUUUUUCUGUUUUUUUGCCAUUGGCUAUUUAGCCUUACAAAGUUUGGCUGCGCCAUUAGCGGAUCAUGAUGAAGACGAUGUUUCAGAAUUCGUGUUAAUUUAUGGUGAUCUAAGUGGUUUUUUAAAAAAAAGAAUCAUUUUGCCUGAAAAUUUUAUUAAUUCGAGUUGGGUAUCAGAAUUUGAUGAUAAAAACAUCACCUACAGAGAAUCUAGAGUCAACAAACUCAUUAAGCUCAUCGAUGAUUUGGUAGUCGGCUCACUUUACGCAGCAGCAAAAAUGAUUCACCCAAAAAUAUCAACUCAAUAAUUAUUUCAAAAUUAAUUUCUAUACUAAUUAACUUGUAAAUUUAUUCAAAUAUUUGAAUAAAUUAUUUUGCUUAUUUAUAAACUUAGAGUUUUACUUUAUAAUCUCAUGUAUGAUUUCCAGUAAGAAGAAAACAGAGUUCGGUAAUUAAAACAGAAUAAAUUUCUCUGGACUUUUUACCCUGUAAGGAAUUGGAAGUGAAUACGGAUUUUAUUUCAAUCUGCACUCACACCAAUCCGGAAUUUUAAUUUUUAAAUAAAAUCUCUUCUAAGGCGAAUUUUAGUUUGAGGGGAUUCAAAAAAUAAAUAAGAAAUUUACUCGAAAUUCACUUUUAAUUGAAUUCGCGUUCACUCCAAAACUUUUUUACAGUGUACACAGUUUUCAAAAUUACCUUUUUUUUUGUUUUCUCCUAAAUUUGUCUCAAAAAUUAACAGGAAUUUUUAAAAACAAGCCUGGCUAAAUUUCCUAAAAUUAAACUUGAAUAUUUUAGCUUUCAUAACUUUCUUUUUUUUUUACUUUUGAAUGUCAGCGACGAGAGCAGGUAUAAUAAUUACAUAAUUAUCUUAUGUAAAUUUUUGAAGCACACAAUCGAAUGAUGAAUGAUAAAAAUUAGCUUACGUUUUAUAAAAUAGAUCGAAGAGAUUACAAAAUAGUGUUGUCUUUGAAAAUGAAAGUAAACUCCCAUCGGCGUCCUCACUCCUCACGUGAUGAUCCUUUGCUUGUUCUCUCAUGUAUUAUAUCGUACGUUUGUGACCCAGGUAGAGGUGGGAUACGAGUCUAUAUCCUCCUAGAAGGUAUAUUUACAAGUCUACUUAUGGAUCACAUUCUCCAGUGAAUCUAAACUGGAUCAGUGGCCAGCUCUUGUCGCUGACAGUUUUUUUAAAUUCAGUGGCUCAAGCUUAAACUAAAUAUUUGUUUUUUUAUUUAAAUUAAUUAUAUAUUCACUAAUUACAUUAUAAUUAUUUUUUAAGUAUAUCUACUUGAAUAACAACACUUGAGAUCAAGAUAAUUACGUGGGGUAGAAACACGAGUGUCAAACAUCAGCAAUUAUCUUACUUGUAAUCAUCUUAAUUAUCACAUCAUGCUGAUGUUUAAAAUUAUUGGACUACUGAUGCUCAUCACGGCAUCUACAGCAGCUCCUUUAGCGAGUGUUCACGUUAAAUUUAUUUCACCUCCUCAUAUUUACGAGCAUCAACUUACUACUGAUGGACAGAAUACGAUUACACAGAAAUCAUUUCUCUCAAUAGGACAACGUUCUGCUGAUUUUGGUAACAAGUUAUCAUCAAGAUUUUUAAAAUCACCUCGUGCUUUGACGGCUUCGUCAUUCGGAGCGAGAAAUCCUGAAGCUUUAUGGCCAAAUGGAGUUUUUGUUGCACCUGUUGAUGUCAAUGAUUUAGGAUUUAGUUCUCAGGAGUCAUCCCAUCUGACACCUGACUUUACAAAUGGUCUAGCAUAUCCAGAUCCAUUAUUAUUGACUGACGAAGCUGCAGUGUCAGCAAUAAGACAUCUUUAUGGUCGGACAGGAUUAUUUUUCCAUGAAAUACCACAUCUGAGAUCAUUAUUAAGACUACAGCAAGAAAGACGAUUAAAUGGCCUUGAUGAUAACGUAUUGGGGAGCCUCAGGCCUGGAUCACCUUUCUACAAUAGUAGAGCUUAAGAAAGUACUGAUGAUCUAGCUAGACCGAUUGAAUUAUUCAUAAAGUACUAAACUCAUAACUUAUAAUAAAUAA